ACUCAUUAUUCUCGUCUCGCUCUCUCUCUCUCUCAACUCCGAGUCUCCAACUGGCAGCGAGGACGCCAAUCGCCAGAGCUUUUGUGGACAUCAUCUCAGUAAUUGCAAACAGAAAAGGCAGAAGACCAUAGGAAGUUGAAAAAUGAGGAUAGUGGGACUGACUGGUGGAAUUGCUUCUGGGAAGAGUACCGUCUCAAAUCUCUUUAAGACCCAUGGCAUUCCAGUGGUUGACGCCGAUCUUGUUGCUCGAGAUGUAUUAAAGAAGGGCACUGGUGGCUGGAAAAAGAUUGUUUCAGCAUUUGGAGAGGACAUUUUACAACCUGAUGGAGAAGUUGAUAGGCCUAAACUGGGGCAAAUUGUAUUCUCAAAUCCUGAAAAGCGCCAACUUUUGAACCGACUACUAGCUCCUUACAUAUCAUCUGGAAUCUUUUGGGAAAUGUUGAAGCUAUGGAUGAAGGGGUUUAAGGUUAUUGUUCUUGAUGUCCCUCUGUUGUUCGAGGCCAAGAUGGACAAAUGGACAAAGCCCAUUAUUGUCAUAUGGGUUGAUCCUGAAACGCAGCUCCAGAGACUCGUGUUAAGGGACAGAACAAGUGAGGAUGUUGCUCAAAAUAGGAUCAAUGCUCAGAUGUCACUUGAUCUAAAAAGGACCAGGGCAGACAUUGUGAUUGAUAACACUGGAUCACUGGAGGAUUUGAAAGAACAGUUUCAGAAUGUCCUAUUUGAAGUUACAAAGCCCUUGACAUGGACUGAAUUUUGGCUUUCUAGACAAGGAGCCGCGUCCGUUCUUGUUUCCAUUAUUGUAGGUGUUCUUAUAUUCAGAAAAGUUUAUAAUACUGAGAGUUUGUAGCAACCUUGGAAUUGUACGUGUUGAGAUCUUGAUCUAAACCUUUAUGUCCUUGAUAGAACAAGCUUCACAUUGUCUUCUGUAGCAACAAUGAAGAAUGAUUCUUCGCAUUUACAGUCUAAAAUUAUUGCACUAGAGCUUUGAUU